AUUACUGGCCCAGUUGGAUGAGACAGCAAAAGCUUUUGAUCAGUUCUGGAGUCGCCAUCAGCUAAAGUUGGAACAAUGCUUGCAGCUGCGACACUUUGAACAUGAUUUCAGAGAGCUAAAGUUUACUCUGGAUGCACUUAUGGAUACUCAGGCUGCUUUCACGGACAUUGGAGAUAGUGUGUCACGUGUGGAACAUCUUCUCAAGGAGCUGAAGCAGCUGGAAGAAAAAGGACAGGAUCUUUUGGAGAAAGCACAGUUACAUGCUCUUCAUGGGGAUCAGCUCAUUCAGAACAACCACUAUGCUGUGGACUCGAUCAGACCAAAAUGUAUAGAGUUAAGGCGUAUAUGCGAUGACUUCACCAAUGAGACCAAGAAAAAGUAUGACAUCUUAAGAAAAUCACUGGAAUUACACCAGCAACUUGACAGGGCUAACCAGUGGUGUGAAGAUGGAAUCUAUCUCUUGGCUUCCCAAGCUGUGGACAAGUGCCAGUCACAGGAUGGAGCAGAGUCAGCACUCCAAGACAUUGAAAAAUUUAUUGGACGCUCAAAGGGUCACCAACUGUCCAAUCCAACAGAAUUCUACCAUAAGUAUGAAAUGAUCCUCUCCUCUGAUAUAAAGACAAAUGUUCAGAAAGUACUACAGAAGUUGGCUGAUGUUCAGGAAAUGUUUGAAAAGAGACAAGCAAGCUUAAAAAAACUAGCAGCCAAACAAACUAGACCUGUACAACCCGUAGCUCCACAUCCCGAGUCUUCACCAAAGAGGGCAUCUCCUAAGACACCGAGGCCAACGUCUCUAGCCACAACACGAAGAGCACCAGAUGUCCCCUGUGCCCCUCCAAAAUCACUCUCUGAAGCUGAUCUGGCCAGAAAAAGGAACAAUAAGAAGACAAAAGGUGGAAUAAAGAUUGAAGUAAUGCUUGAAGCAAGUCAAGGUGGAACUAGUAGAUCACUAGUGAUGAGUGAAAGUGAGGAAAAUCUCUGUACAAGAAAAAGGUAA